AUGUCAGCCGUGCUGCAAAACACACCUGUUGAAGCGAUCCCGCAGAUCGUUGAGAAUCUCCGCUCAGCAUUCGCUACCGGAAAGACGCGCAGCGUUGAGUACCGCAAGAAGCAGCUGAAGCAGCUCUACUUCCUGAUCCAUGACAAUGAAAAGGCGUUCGUUGAAGCGAUUCGCAAAGAUUUGGGUCGCCCCGCGAUGGAGACCGUGUUUGGCGAGGUUAUCUCGAUUAAGAACGAGAUUGUGGACACGGUCAAGAACUUGGACAAGUGGGCUAAGCCGACAACGGUCAAGGCUGGCGCUGCAUACAUGCUACACACUACCCAGAUUAACAAGGACCCCAAGGGCACCGUGCUUGUCAUGGGUGCGUGGAAUUACCCCAUCACAGUCCAGAUAGGCCCCAUGGUUAGUGCAAUUGCGGCGGGCAACACGACGGUGCUCAAACCGUCGGAGCUUUCUGCAAACUGUGCGCAGCUCAUUGCAGACCUCUGGCCCAAGUACAUGGACCCCGAGACGACGGUCGUGGUCAAUGGCGCCAUCGACCAGUCCACUGCCAUUCUCGAUCAGCGCUUCGAGCACAUCUUUUACACUGGCAGCGGAAACGUCGGUCGCAUUGUCGCCGCCAAGGCGUCCAAGUGGCUGUGCCCCGUCUCGCUUGAAUUGGGCGGCAAGUCGCCCGUAAUUAUCGACCAUACAGCAGACUUAAAGAUUGCUGCACACCGUGUUCUUUGGGCUAAACUGUACAACACUGGACAAACUUGCGUUGCUCCGGACUACAUCCUGAUUGAGCGCAGCAUCCAGGAUCGGUUUGCCGCGGAGCUCGUCCAAGCCGCCAAGGAAUACUGGCCGUCGAUGACCAAGGACGUGCGCGACUUUGGUCGCAUCGUGAACGAACGCCACUGGAAGCGUGUACAGAGCCUGAUUUCGCAGAGCAAAGGUGAGAUUGUAAUGGGCGGUGCAGAGUACAGUGAGGAAAGCGAGAAGUUUGUUCCUUUGACGGUGCUGAAGAAUGUGCACCCUGACGAUGCAACGAUGGAUGAUGAGAUCUUUGGUCCUGUGCUUCCCAUGGUCCCUGUCGACAAUGUGCGCGAGGCGAUCGACUUUAUCAAUGCGCGCGACCAGCCGCUUGCGCUUUACUUUUUUACUGCUAAUGACGCCACGGCAGAGUAUAUUAUGACGUACACGCGCUCUGGCUCUGCUGUGCGCGGUGAUAUGCUGCUCCAGUACGUGAUUAACGAACUGCCGUUUGGUGGUACCGGUCCCUCUGGCUACGGUGCAUACCACGGCAAGCACGGGUUCGACACCUUUAGCCACCAGCGUGCGUACGUUGAAGAGCCUGCGAAUGGUAUUCUUGGCCGUGUUGUAGAGGCCAUCAUGUCUUCGAGGUACCCCCCGUACACACCGCGGAAGCUCGCUCUCUUCCGCUACACGCUCUCGCACUCUGCCUUCUUUGGCCGUCCCAAGAACCCCAAUGAAUCGAACACCUCGCUCGACCGCGGCGUGCCGAAACAAGUACGUACUAAGCUGUAA